AUGCAGGAAGAAGGUACGGACCCACCCCCGUCCCCUGACUACGGCGACCUCCCAGAAUUGGAUUUUGAGGGCAUGGUCACAUUCUGGGACAUGUGUCCAGACCCAGAGGAGCUCUUCGACUUGGGAUGUCUGAGCAGUGAUGAAGACCAAGAUAGCAGCAGCAGUGACAUCAGCACGACGACGGCUCUGCCCAAGUCAGACAGACCGCUGCCAAGUCAGACGGACAAGAUGUCUGAUAGGCAGAAGAGACUCAGAGACAGGUGUGCAGAAGAGGACACGCCUUCCUGGAGAAAACGUCAAAGACGAACAGGUCAAUCAAAGAGCAGAAAUACACACGUCAUUACAGACGACGAUGAGGUUCCAGAACUGAGUCCAGCGGACGAGGCCGCUCUCGCCACACCUCCACCACAGCUCAUAGAGCUCCAUCCCUCCCUCCAUCUCCCCAUCCAAUUAAUCCCACUUUCAGAUCCUCAGAUUUUUGAGAUGUUGAGUAACUCUUCUCAUCCGGUCAUCCGAUUUCCACUGUCCAACACGGCCACGCCACCCAAAUACAUAUUUGUGGAUGGAGCGGUAGCGCCGGUCCUCAUGGGCUCAUCUCCACCCGGGUCUCUGUCGGACUCUGCAAGCAAAGCCCUGUCUCCCUCCUCAGCCCUCUCGCUCUCCAGCAGUAUGGAGCUGACCACUUGUAAAGAGUCGCCUCCACCUCCUUCUCAGCCCUCCCCCGUCCUUGAUGUUCCAGGGUGUGUAAGGGAGUACAUUGUACAAGCCAAGGCUCACAUAAAGCAAACCUGCAUGGAAAUGGGGAUGGGCCUUCGCCUGACCUCUCAUUACGUGGACACGCGGUUGACUGAGAGGAAGUGCCUUUUCUCUUCUGGCAAGAUAUCCAACAAAUGCCUGGAGAAGAAGCUGGUCAUCAUGGGAGACGUAGAGCGGCAAAGAAACUCCUUGGGGCGGAGUCAGAUCUUUGAGGCCUCACCUGGAGCCAAACCCAAACGUACAGUCUUGUUACUGGGCAACGCUGGCAUGGGAAAGACCACACUGAUGAAGAAGCUCUGUUGCGACUGGUCUGACGGGCUCCUUCCGCAGUUCGACUUUGUCUUCUUGCUGGACGGCAAAGCUCUCACUCUACCAGAGCCGGACUACAACCUCUGGACCCUCCUUUUCCAUUUCUCCCCAUCUGCCCCUCCCUGCACAGACUCCGAGCUCGUCUUCAGCCAGAUCACGGCCGCUCCUCACCGUGUCCUGAUCAUGUUUGAUGGGUUUGAUGAGUUGCGGCACUACGAACUCUUACUCCAGACUCUGGAAAAAGACCUUCAGACUUCCCUUCAGAAGGACAGUAAGAAACAAGCCUACACUGUGAAGCAGCUGUACUCUGCCAUCCUCCAGAGGGUCCUCCUGCCUGGCUGCACGCUUCUCAUCUCAUCCCGGCCAAGAGGCACCGCCAACCAGCUCCUGCGGCGGGUGGACAUCUUUCUGGAACUCUGUGGCUUCACCUCCAUGGACAUAAAGACAUAUCUGUUGCAGUACUUCUCUGGGCCCACCCUCGGUGCCUCUGCUAUGAAAUUGUUGGAAAGCAGCAAGUAUCUGUUCAGCUUGUGUUGGCACCCUGCACUAUGUCAGCUGGUGUGUUCAGUUUUAGCACAUUCCGAUAAAUCCAACGCUUUUCCGAAUACGCUAACUGAGCUCUGCUAUCAAGCACUUGAGCUGAAAAAGCGACGGAAGCAUCGGAAUGCGUAUGCGGCUGAUCAAACACAUGUGUUCAUGAACUCCCAUGGGGAAAAUGUGAGACGAGACAGGGCAUGGGCAAGCAGGUGUUGCAAAAAAGUUCAGGCAGCAAACAUUAAAGCACGUCAUAUCCCUCACUCUUGUUCUCAAACCACUAGUGUAGAAGAUGAAGAAGAAAUGGACGUGGAAGACCAAGUCGGAAAAGGUGAAAGGGGAGGUGGGAAUGUCAACGAAGACAGAACAGAGGAGAGCAAUUUACUGUUCAAACUAAGCUCCCUGGCCUGGCAGGGCGUCAAAACUCAUUCACCCAUACUGCCGCCGCAGUUAAACGAUAGACUAAAGAGGUUUGGUCUCAGCUGUGGACUCUUCCAAUGCCACCGCUUGUGGGGGAGGCCGGACUACUCAAUUGGCGAGAGAGAAGGAGGAAGGAGAGAGGGUGGGGAAAGAGAGAGAAACGCAGAGACAACGGACAGCAAAGUUGAUUCUAUGCGUGACAGCCACAUCCUGUCGUGGGCCAACUCCUUCCUGCAGAGUUUCCUGGCAGCGGUGCACCUGUCUCUUUCAAGGCACAGGACUGCAGUAGAGCGGUCAUUCCUCCAACAGACCUCUCUUUUCGAGUCAGGCUCAAAGGGGCGUCGGCGCACGCAGAGGGAGGAAAUGCAUCUAACACAGAAGUUUUUUGUUGGUUUGCUGCUCCAAAACAAGACAAACGUACAUGAGCAUGACAAACGCAGAUCGAGAGUGUCCAGGGACACGAUGGUGACCAAGCGGGCUUUACUGACUAAACGCCUGGAAAGCCUUUCCCCUGGUGACCUUACUCCCGCCAAGCUCCUAGAGGUCUGUCAAUGCAUUUACAACAUGAGUGUUGCCCACAGGGACGGCAGCAGGGAUAGUAGCAGAGGAACACUGGCCCAUUGCCUCGCCAGGAACCUUCUGGGAAGCCUCUCGUUCCACGGCGUUGCCCUCGACCCGCCGGAUGUGUUUGUGGUGGGUAAGGUUCUGGGCCUAGGUGGGCCUGGAGUCAGAAUAAGCUGUUUGGAUCUGGAAGACACCGGGAUACAGAUCUCCGGGAUCAGGACUCUGGUGGGGCUCAGCAACAUCUGUGCAUACAGGGCCUGUAUUGCUGAUGUCAUUGCUCUGUGGGAGGAGCUAGAGGAGAGCGGGGAGGAGGAACUACUUCAAGGGGCAGUGUCCAAAUUUACCAUCAACCCUCUGAGGGCCACACGGGUGUGUCAUAUAGAAGACCUGGCACACCUGGUCAGCAUACAUACAUGCAGGAGGCUGACAGACAGAUCCAGCAAAUCGGACGCCAUCUUUGCGGAGGGAGUGCCUGCGGUGGGAGAACUUCUUAAACUGGAAUUUGAUCUUGGUCCAGAGAAUGGCCCCCUGGCUCUUCCUUUGUUAUGCGAGCUCCUGCCACGCCUAUGCAACCUACAGCACCUAGAUUUGGAGAACAGCAAAAUAGGAGACAGCGGAGUAGCGAGACUGGCUGAGGUUUUACAGUCGAUGUCUUCGCUGGAGAUACUGAAUCUCUCCCAGAGCUGUAUCGGAGACCAGGGCCUGAAGGACCUGGCACCUGCCCUGGGAUCCCCACCUUCUCUACACUGUCUCAGUCUCUGCAGUAAUUUGAUUUCUGAUGUUGGAGCAAAGAGUCUUGCUGCAUUCCUUCCUCAGAUGGCCUCUCUCACUGACCUGGAUGUGAUGUACAACAAGCUGACCAACGUAGGAGCAGAGAGUCUAGGAGCCAGUCUGAGACACUGUCCGUGGAUCAGGAGCCUGAGGAUGUGGAACCAGUAUAUUCCAUGUGGAACGUUCGAGAGACUUCAGCAGCGGGACCACAGGAUCCUUUACCAUUAGAAGGUCCCCCAAACACAUGCAGGACAUGACCUUGUUCCUCCACUGGUACCGGCAGUUCCAGUCUGGUCUGGCGGUCUGGCGGAGGCCUCGCCUGGCCUCGACUGGGUUUCUAGUGUCGUCGUGUGGAGGUGUGUCGAAGGUGUCUAGCUGGGAGAGCUGGUGCUGGGUCGGCUGAGGGAGCCUGGUCUGCUGCGUCCUGUAGGCUCAGGGACCACGGCCCUGCCCGGAGCUGCGCCCGAAGAGGAAACACCGAGGGCGGUCUGGCAGGACGUGGACGCGGGGCAGGCUAAGCUAACCGCUAGCCCAUGCAGACCGGUAUAUCCGACGGUCAUCCUGGCUGGCCCUCGUUCUCCUGGGCAGUGAUUUUUUUUUUGUGGUUUAGUUUAGAUAUGUGUGUUAGGUUGAAUAUAUGUGUACUUGGAUAUGUGUUUUUGUCAUUGUGUUGCGCUGCUGUGGUCUGUGGAAAUGAAAUGCUAACGGGUUUCUGGUUCUGAUUCUGGUAUGAACUCAGUAUUUCAGGAAUUUCAUGGAAUGCUGUGAUUAUGUGUGUGUGUGUGUAUGUAUGAUUGAGAGAGAGAGAGAAUUUGAGAGGCUGCUAUUUACUUUGGGAGGUGUGUGGGUGUUGUUGGUGUAAGAUACGAGAUAUUUGCACAACGAUUUACACUGAUUUUACCACUUUGUCGACGAUGCUGUAUCUUGUGUUACUACAAAUCCGCUUAUUUUUUUACUGUUUAUUUUAAAUCAGUCUGUGCGACUCUGUUUUGUCAAAGUGUGAUGGCACUGUAAAUGCACUUUUUGCAGUUUUGGUUUGCACUCUGUUAACUGUGAGCUGCUUUGCAUUUUAAGAUCCAUGACACUAACACAAAUAAAAGCAGGU